GCAGCGGCGGAGACAACGGGGAAGAUGCUGCAGUCCCUGGCCGGCAGCUCGUGCGUGCGCCUGGUGGAGCGGCACCGCUCGGCCUGGUGCUUCGGCUUCCUGGUGCUCGGCUACCUGCUCUACCUGGUCUUCGGCGCCGUGGUUUUCUCGUCGGUGGAGCUGCCCUACGAGGACCUGCUGCGCCAGGAGCUGCGCAAGCUGAAGCGGCGCUUCCUGGAGCAGCACGAGUGCCUGUCUGAGCAGCAGCUCGAGCAGUUCCUGGGCCGGGUGCUGGAGGCCAGCAACUACGGCGUGUCGGUGCUCAGCAACGCGUCGGGCAACUGGAACUGGGACUUCACCUCGGCGCUCUUCUUCGCCAGCACCGUGCUGUCCACCACAGGCUAUGGCCACACUGUGCCCUUGUCAGACGGCGGAAAGGCUUUCUGCAUCAUCUACUCUGUCAUCGGCAUUCCAUUCACACUCCUGUUCCUGACAGCGGUGGUCCAGCGUGUCACCAUCCACGUCACCCGCAGGCCCAUCCUCUACUUCCAUAUCCGCUGGGGCUUCUCCAAACAGGUGGUGGCCAUCGUCCACGCCAUUCUCCUCGGCUUUGUCACUGUAUCCUGCUUCUUCUUCAUCCCAGCAGCCGUGUUCUCUAUUCUGGAGGAUGACUGGAACUUUCUGGAAUCCUUUUAUUUUUGUUUUAUUUCCCUGAGCACCAUUGGCCUAGGGGAUUAUGUUCCUGGAGAAGGCUACAAUCAAAAAUUCAGAGAGCUCUAUAAGAUUGGGAUCACAUGUUACCUUCUCCUGGGCCUUAUUGCCAUGUUGGUAGUUCUGGAAACCUUCUGUGAACUCCAUGAGCUGAAAAAAUUCAGGAAGAUGUUCUACGUGAAGAAGGACAAGGACGAAGAUCAAGUGCACAUCAUAGAGCACGACCAGCUGUCCUUCUCCUCCAUCACGGACCAGGCAGCCAGUCUGAAGGAGGAUCAGAAGCAGAAUGAGCCUUUUGUGGACCCCCAGUCGCCAGCCCACCCCGAUGGCUCUGCAGACCACGAAGCCUUGGGGUUUGCUGCAUCGUCCUAAUGCACCAGGGUCAGAAUCACAAGAAGAAGCUUUGCUUGGUUCAUUUUUAUGAGAAUGUAAAAGCCAAGAUGAUAUUUUAACAAAUGUCUACUGUUGGCAAUAUUUAAAACAAAGGAAGCUUUCGCUCUGGACGACUGUCUAACAGGAUAGAUACCUAUAAUUCAUAUGCAACAAAAUUACCAGACUUUACUAAUAGGUGAGGAAUACCUGAUGCGGUGUGUUACUGUGGUUAGGAGCAGAUUUUAUACUUUUAAUCGGGGGCUUUUGGAUUUGCAUUUGAAUCAUUUAGCUGAUGGCUAAAAUCAACAUUUAUACCUAAAAACAAAAAAGAAAAGCAUAGAGAUGUGUUUUAUAAAUAAGUUUAUGUGUACUGGUUUGCAUGUGCCCAUCCUAAAUCAUUAUUUUUGUAGAAUCUAAGUUAAACCUACUAUUUAUAAUGAAUAAGUAACUAUUAACUGUGUACAUAUAAAAUAUAAAUAUGUUUAUAUCCUGUACAUAUGGUUUAGGUCACCAGAUCCCAGUGUACUUCUUAACUCAGAUUGUAAAUAUUUUUUCUUUUGAUUUCUCUUUAUACUAAAGGUUCAAGAGUUGCUGCAAUAAAAUAACAGGGAAAAAUACACUUAAGAGUGAAUUACUAUAAUAUUCUGCUACAAUAAUAUCUCUACUCUCUUGCAAUAGGAUGGUAUCAGAUAUCUGGAAUGUAAGCACUUCUCUGGAGGUGAACAAGCAAUGAAGAAAAUUAUUUGUAAAAGGAGAUACUUCAUUUUGAAAAUGCAUUGUGAUUUGUCAUAACUUAGUACUAAAGCACAGAAUGUAAAUGCUAAAGCCCCAAAUGAACAGAUUCUAUCAAAUUAAUCUGAGAGUUUUUAAAUUUAUAAGCUGAAAUAAAUUAAAAACUCAUACCUGCUUGCAA